AUGAUCCUACGAUUCCUUGGUACGACACCUUGCAGCUCUAGCAUUGUGCCCCUUCUUACCACGUUAUCGAAACAGCUUGUCUAUGUCUACGAUCUACCCGAAGAAGAGAUCCCUGACGAGUUGGCGCCACUAAUUCAGUAUUUUAAGAAAUUAAUGUACUCAGCCAGUGCCAAAAAACCCUUAAUCAUCUUCCUCGAUUCACUUGAUCAAUUAUCAGCAGCUGGGGGUGCUCACGAGCUUGCAUGGCUGCCUCGUAAACUGGCACCCAACGUCAAACUGAUCGUGUCGACGCUGCCCAAUUAUUUCAGCAUUCUGGACACCCUGAAGACGAUUGUAGAAAGCAAAGAGAACUACGUCCAGAUUUUGCCUCUGGGACAGAACCUUAGCAGUACUAUACUGAAGCAUUGGUUGCAGAAUGCCAAUCGUAAUAUCAGCGAAGAGCAAUGGGUUGUGGUAAACGAGGCAAUAGCAAAAUGCAACCUGCCUUUAUAUGUGAAAUUGGUCUUUGAUGAGAUAUGCCGAUGGAAGUCGUAUAAAAAGUACCAGCCAAAUCAGCUGGGACAUUCGAUUCACGACAGCAUCACCAAAUUGUUCGAAAAGAUUGAGAAUCAACAUGGCAAGACUUUAGUGUCACAUGCAUUGGGAUAUAUCACCGCAUCGAAAAGUGGACUGUCCGAGACAGAACUCGAAGAUUUGCUCUCCUUGGACGAAAAAGUUCUGAACGAUGUCUAUCAGUACCACUUACCACCGACCCGACGCAUCCCGCCGCUGCUAUGGACACGUAUCCGAAAUGAUCUUCCCGGCUACCUGAGCGAAAGAGAGGCUGACGGUGUCAAUGUAAUCGGAUGGUAUCACCGGCAAUUUAUCGAUGCAGCAAAAGAACGCUACCUGAAAAAUCUCAAUUUCGUCAGCGAGAUCCAAUCCAACCUCGCCGAGUAUUUCAUUGGCACUUGGGGUGGUGGCAUUCCGAAACCUUUUGAGUACUCGGAAUUGCAGAGACAAAGAUUUAACCUGGAAGAUAAACACGGUGAAGGAGAUCGUAAAGUUCCUCUUCAGCCACUGGUGUUUUGUAAUUCAGAAGGUGUCGUCACAAGAUACAAUCUGCGAAAACUCAGCGAGCUUCCUUACUCCCUCAUCCGUUCUCAUCGUUAUGAUGACCUUUACGAGAAGGUCAUUUUUAACUACCGUUGGUUGCACGCCAAGCUCAGUUCCAUGCCUUUACAGAGUCUACUCGCAGAUCUGGAAGACCUCCUAGAUCACACAUACGACAAAGAAGUGAAGCUAAUCGCCGACGCCAUUCGCCUAUCAAGUUCUGUUCUGAAUCACUAUCCAGACAUGGUCGGACCUCAGAUUAUUGGACGACUUUUGCCUUACUACAACAGUCUUGAGAAAAUUCACAGUCUUAUCGAUCAGUGUGAGAGCGAGGGACUGAACAACUGUGCUCUCAUUCCUGGACACCACUGUCUUCAAACGCCUGGCGGACCACUACAAUAUUCAUUAGAAGGUCAUCCGUUUGCGCCGUUCGGUAUAGCCGUUACUGCCGACGGAAGAUAUGUGGUUUCUGUUUCAAAUAAAUUCAUUAUAUGGGAUCUUUCGACCGGUGACGUUGUUCGAACAGUUUCUCCGAAGAUUGAAGGAAUCAUGCAAAAUUUGUCAAUAUCUCCAAGCGACAAAUACGCAGUGGGUUACACUAAUAACAAACAGAUUGUGGUAUGCUUCAUCCAUACUGGUGACUACUACAUUAUCAACGAACCAAAAGGUUUAGAAAAAGGCCAGUUAAUGGGGACCACAGUCUCGAACAGUCACAUUGCAGUAUGGAAGGAUAGAGAGUGGUACUUAAUGUCGAUCGAAGGAAAGUUUAUUAACAGUUUCCAAUCGGAAUUAAAAAUACCAAUCCUUUCGGUUUUGUUCACCGCCGACGGGAAGCAUUUCGUGUUUCUAAAAAGUGGAGAGGAAGACGACAACGCCAUGACGCUCGAGGUUUCUGAUCAGUCGAUUGAACCGUUUGAAUUUCACAGCGGUAUAGUACUGAACAAUGACAAAACAUUGUUGUACACUUGCAUAGAAAUCAGUGACAAUGCUAUCGUUGCCUACAAACUGAAUGGCCAACGUUGGCGUUAUGGCCGGACUUUAGACAACAACAUUGAGCCGGUCUUCUCUAUGGCUAUCUCACAGGACGAAUCCUAUCUUCUUGUAACCAUUCCUUUUGGUUACAAGCUGUAUGAUCUAAAGAAGGAUACCUUAAAAGAUCUGAAGUUGCCACAUGGGGUUAGAAAUAUUCCAACCAAGAAUCAAUUGAACAGUUUGGUUGCCUUCACGAAAAACAACCAUUUUGUAGUCGCUGGUGUCCGACGCAAUCUUUAUGUGUGGGACGUGAAACAAGGCAAUAUGGUUAAAGUUCUGGACGCCCACUUUGGAAGAAUAAUUGCAAUGGAUGCUGUCCGGGGCAAGAAAAACAAGGUAAUAUCCUCGUCGAUCGAUAAAACCAUCAAAGUCUGGAAUUUUGAUAACAUUUUGGAAGACGUUCAUUCAAUUGAUCGUUUAGAAAAGCCGAUUGAAUCGAUUAACCUGGCUGAAAACGUCAACUUAGGCGUCACCACGACACGAAACGGUAUUGGCGUUUGGAAUGUUGAGCGAGGCAAAUUAGUGCACAAUCUUCCCGGGGGAUCCCAUAAUUCAAUUAUAUCCAGUGCGCUGAUUACCAAAGACGGACGACACGUGAUCGUUGCAGAAUCUGCCGGCGUCGUAUUCUGGGAUGCCUCCACCGGCAAGAUGAUGAAAAAAAUCGCACAGAAUAAUGCUCAAGUGGUUUUUCUCAACGAGGAAGAUACGAGAGUGAUUUGCUUUUCGAUCGUCGGUGAAGAGAAAGGGCGGGGCGCAUGCUUUAUAUUUCCGGAUGGAGAUGAAGCAUAUAAGUUUGAAUACACGAUGAGAACGUUCUAUAAACCAGUUCUGACUUGCAACGGUUUGCAACUGGCUGUCCCGGCAACGGACAAAAGCUGUGAUACUAUUAACAUCUACAACGCCAAAACAGGGCACCUGCAAUACACGAUGCAGCUAAAGUAUUCGAACUAUAAAGAAAUAAUAGAAAUAGUUGCUAUGCCUCAUGACGCGCACCAGAUCGUCGUUGUCGACUGCGAGAAAGGUAAUAUUAUUGAUCUCAAAAAGAAAAGUCUCAUUCGCUCAGUGCUUCGAUGGAAUGGCAUGGCAAUUAAAAGUGGAAAACAGGGUCUUUACGCGCCUUCAAGAGGCGGUCUUGAAAUAAUGGAACUAAAACAUGGCAAAACUCUAAAGACAUUAAUUCCGAGAGUCGCCGAAGGUGUAUUCAGCAUUCAAGUUCUGUUUGCUAAAAAUGACAAGCACGUCGUUUAUUACCACUCGGGCCGGCGAACUAUUCGCGUUUUUCGCGUUUCCGACGCUAAGAUGAUAGCUAACUUUAAGACCCAUGCCGCUAUCAACGCCAUGGCAGGCACCGCAUCUGGAACGUCAGUUGCCAUCGGUGCGGUAGAUGGUAGCCUCACGCUUCUGACCAUAGCUGACCCUGAGCAUCAAGAGAAUCUGGAUUACCUUCGCUCACUGCCAGUGCGACAGAUAACGCAGUGUCCUCAGCAACAGUUCGAUGCAAAUGGCGAAUUGAUUUUGAACAAGGAACAGUUCGGUGCGACGCUUCAUGUGACCAGAUUCGUGGCGAAAGCCGGAUUGGCUCUGCAUAAUCAACACUCCAGGGCUUGUGUAAUAUCAUAA